AGUCGAGGGAGAGAGAGAGAGAGAGAGAGAGAGAGAGAGCGAGGGAGAGCAACCGACAGGAGCAAGGGCACUCAAAUCACUCGCCGAGCUUUCUCCCAGGAUCACAUCACUUCUUUGUCGAUAACCAAGCGAAUUUCCUCCCUCUUUCCCACAAGGAAACUUCGCGUGAGCUGCGACGUCGGAUUAUUUUAUCAAUGGAUUGAGUCUAAAAUAGAUUUCAAGGCUCGACCAACCAACAGGGACAUAACCGCAAGGGCUCCGUGGCUGUCCUGCUUCAAUCACAAAGCGACUCAACUUGGGCUAGGUAUCCUAGUCUGGAUCAGUUCUGGAUUUGCUCGCUGCCUUCUCGGAUUUGUUCUCAUUCGUGCUUUUUUCUCACACGUCCUCUGCGGUCGCACGUCCCAUUGAGAAGAGGCACAUAGCCUGUAAGUGAAGGAAUCGGCACAACGAAUUCUGUGCAGUCGGAUCAAGGAUUUUGUGGAUUAUGUUCCGGAACACACAGGGACGAGUUUCAGUUUAAUGGUAAAACAACUCUACGGUUAACUUGUUGGGUGAGCGAAUAAUUCCCACCCACCACGACAUUAAAAAAGCACGUAUGCAUUCGUAUUUUUAAACCAAUGUGGAAAAGCACCAUGCUCAGAAGAAGAGCAGCAACUAUGGUUAAAGGGCUUAGUUUGAAGCACGCUCAGCAUAGACACUAGCGCCCGGUCCGAGUGAAUGGAGUCCAGCCGUAGAGCCCAGCACACCGACAUGCUGCUAUGCUGUAGCAUAGCAUUUCUACGUGCACCGCGUUUCAAGUCCCAGCGUUAUUCCGCUUUAUAAGCUCCUGUAUGCGGGUGUAGAAUUGAAAAAGCCGAUGGUGGUGGUAGUGGCGGAUAAGCGCCCUUCUCUAACGCAGGAGCAGUCUGCCGUGGAAACAUUGACUGUGUUUUAAAGAUAGUGUUUGUAUUAAGAACCCAGAUAACCAGACAUAGACUGGCGUAUGCUGCCGAACACUGCCUCUUUUUCCCCGGCUUCCAGUUUUUCCAUCUUAUCAUCUCAGGCUCCUUGUCUUUGCCUGGAAUUGGAUCCCGGAAUCUUCAUGAUUUGCGGACACCAUGCUCGUUUUUUAGCCGGGAAACCCUCUUUUCGUCCCGCAUGUUUAGGACCAAACGUUCGGGGCUCGUCCGGCGACUCUGGAGGAGCCGUGCGCCCGCCGAGGGCGACGGUGAGGCGGACAGGGGUACCCAUGGCUCCGGGGGCUGUUGCAUGGGCAAAACGACAAAGGUCGUCAAGUCCACCAGCGGGUCGGACGCCGAACUAAAAGCGUUGACCCACUCGAUACUCAAAAAGAUCAAAGAAAAACAAUUGGAGGUGCUUUUGCAGGCGGUGGAGUCGAAGGGGGGCGCCCGGAGCCCCUGUCUGCUCUUACCCAGCAAAAUGGACGCCAAAGUGGGUCAACAGUGUUACUCCUUGCCCUUGCUGCUCUACAAAGUGUUCAGGUGGCCGGACCUCAGGCAUUCCUCUGAGCUGAAGAGGCUACCGUGCUGUGAAUCCUAUGGGAAAACCAACCCAGAACUCGUUUGCUGCAAUCCGCACCACAUGAGCAGACUGUGUGAACUCGAGUCUCCUCCUCCUCCAUAUUCCCGAUAUCCCAUGGACUUUCUUAAACCACCUGAUUCUCCAGACUCUGGUCCUUCAUCCAGUGAUACUGGGGAAACCACCUACUCAGCCCCUGUGGGGCUUUCAGAUUCCCUGGCGGUGCAGGAGUCGGGCGAGCGGCCCCACUGGUGCGUGGUGGCCUACUGGGAGGAGAAGACCCGCGUGGGGCGCCUCUACUCCGUCCAGGAGUCCUCCCUGGACAUCUUCUACGACCUACCUCAGGGCAACGGCUUCUGCCUGGGCCAGCUGUGCUCGGACAACAAGUCGCCGCUGGUGCAGAUGGUGCGCGCCAAGAUCGGCUUCGGCAUCCAGCUGACGCGCGAGGCGGACGGCGUGUGGGUGUACAACCGCAGCGGCUACCCCAUCUUCAUCAAGUCGGCCACACUGGACAACCCGGACUCGCGCGCGCUGCUGGUGCACAAGGUGUUCCCGGGCUUCGCCAUCAAGGCGUUCGACCUGGACAAGGCGGCGAGCCUGCGGCGGCCCAACGACCACGAGUUCACGCUGCAGCCGCGCACGGGCUUCACGGUGCAGAUCAGCUUCGUGAAGGGCUGGGGGCAGUGCUACACCAGACAGUUCAUCGGAAGCUGCCCCUGCUGGCUGGAGGUGAUCUUCAACACGCGGUAGCCCCCCCCCCCCCCCCCCCCCCCCCCCCCCCCCCCCACGGCCCCAGCCCCGCUCGCCUCUCCCUCCUCUGGUUCCUCUGAGUCCGCUUUCGAGGAGCCAUUUCACGGACUACAGCGGGGCCGCUGCCCCCCCGCCUCCCCCCUCGCCCCCACACACACUUUUUUUUGUUUUGUCCCAGAGGUUUAAAGUUUAAGAGAAAAAAGUUUUAAAAGAAGAAGAAGAAGACGAAGAAGAUGAGACUCAAAAGGAUUCUGACAGACUUUGUUUAAUAAAUGACUAAGGUUUAACUAAAGUAAAAUAAGAUGCGGAAGAAAUGUAUUUUAUGUUAUAUAUAAAUAUAUUAUUACUUGUAAAUAUAAAGAUGUUUUAUAUGCAUCAUUAUUUAUGUAUUGUGCAAUGUGUUGAUGAGAAAAUGAAAUAAGAUGCACUUUGCUUAAUAUAAAUGCAAAACGAAGAAAUGCCAAAAUAAAAAAAAAAUGACAUAA